GCCUGUAGGAGACAAAGGUUUGAGGCAAGGGAGAGAAAGGAAUAAAGGCAGGAGGCGAGGCGGAGCAACCCGUCUCCCUCCACCUCUCUGCCUUCUUCUCCUGCGCCGCCAUCCUCACCCACUGACCGGCCGGCGGCAUCCUGCUUCUCGACCGGCUUAUUGCCGUACCAUCACCGCCGGACGGUGGCGCGAUGCAAGGAGGCCCACUGAGCCCGGAUGAGUACCGGGUGGCGUCGCCGCCGGCGCUGCUGCACCAGCCGGCGUCCCUCAUCGUCGUGGCCAUCGACCGGGACCGGCACAGCCAACUGGCCGUGAAGUGGGUCAUGGACCACCUCCUCUCCGGCGCCUCCCAGAUCGUCCUCCUCCACGUGGCCGCCCAUUACGCCACCAACCAUGGGUUCGCCAUGGCCGAGACGACGCAGGGCGCGCUGGAGGCUGAAAUGAAGGAGAUCUUUGUCCCCUACCGAGGAUUCUUCAACCGGAAUAAUGGGCUGGUGGAAGUCUCCGAGGUAGUGUUGGAAGAGGCAGACGUGUCCAAGGCCAUUCUAGGUUACAUCACUGCAAACAAGAUCCAGAGCAUUGCGCUCGGCGGAGCCAGCAGAAAUGCAUUCACCAAGAAAUUCAAGAACGCGGACGUGCCGUCGACCCUGAUGAAGUGCGCGCCGGACUACUGCAACAUCUACGUCGUGGCCAAGGGCAAGUCCGUCAAUGUCAGGCUCGCCAAGUGCGGCGUCCCUCCCAUGCACAGUGGCGCCGACACCAUCCCUUCGGACACCGACUCCCAAUCGGGCCUGUACGUGCGACGCGGCUCCCGGGGCCACCUGCCGCCGGUGAUGCCUGACGCCACCAGGCGCUCCGUUGACGGACGCACCCUGCCGGAGCUCAACACGCGGCCAGCGUUCCGCGAGCGCUCGCUCCCGUCCUCGGCCACCAAGAACGUCGUCGUCGUCGUCCCCGGAAAAGACUUCUCCGAGACGUCCUCCCGCUCCGCGAGGCACGAAUCCUUCGGCGGCGACCUCGACUUCGGCCCCAGCACGCGCUUCUCCUCCAUAGACUUCGGCGAGAACCUCGACCUGUCCACCACCCUCACCGCCAGCCCCGCUCGGGAGCCCAUGUCGCCGGCCACCGGCGCGCAACGCGAUAUUGAGGUCGAGAUGCGGCGGCUCCGGCUGGAGCUGAAGCAGACCAUGGACAUGUACAACGCGGCGUGCAAGGAGGCCAUCAACGCCAAGCAGCGGGCCAAGGAGAUGCAGAUGAUGAAGCUGGAGGAGGCGCGUCGGCUGGAGGAGGCCAGGCACGCCGAGGAGGCUGCUCUGGCACUGGCCGAGAUGGAGAAGGCCAAGUGCCGCGCGGCCAUGGAGGCGGCCGAGGCGGCGCAGAGGCUGGCCGACCUGGAGGCGCAGCGGCGACGCAACGCCGAGGUGCGCGCGCGCCGGGAGGCCGACGAGAAGGUGCGCGCUCUGGAUGCCAUCUCCAACCAUGACUUCCGGUACCGCAAGUACCACAUCGACGAGAUCGAGAUGGCCACGGAGCGCUUCUCCGACGAGCUCAAGAUCGGCGAGGGCGGCUACGGCCCCGUCUACCGCGCCUCCCUGGACCACACCCCCGUCGCCAUCAAGGUGCUCCGGCCGGACGCGCACCAGGGGAGGAAGCAGUUCCAGCAGGAGGUGGAGGUGCUCAGCUGCAUCCGCCACCCCAACAUGGUGCUCCUCCUCGGCGCGUGCCCGGAGUACGGCUGCCUCGUGUACGAGUACAUGGAGCACGGCAGCCUGGAGGACCGGCUGUUCCGUCGGGGCGGCACGCCGACGAUCCCGUGGCCGCAGCGGUUCCGGAUCGCGGCGGAGAUCGCGACGGCGCUGCUGUUCCUGCACCAGACGAAGCCGGAGCCGCUGGUGCACCGGGACCUGAAGCCGGCCAACAUCCUGCUGGACCGCAACUACGUGAGCAAGAUCAGCGACGUCGGGCUGGCGCGCCUGGUGCCGCCGUCGGUGGCGGACAGCGUGACGCAGUACCGGCUGACGGCGACGGCGGGCACCUUCUGCUACAUCGACCCGGAGUACCAGCAGACGGGGAAGCUGGGGGUCAAGUCGGACAUCUACUCCCUCGGCGUGCUCCUGCUGCAGGUGGUCACCGCGCGGCCACCCAUGGGGCUCACGCACCACGUCGAGAAGGCCAUCGACGCCGGCACCUUCGCGCAGAUGCUCGACAUCACCGUCAAGGACUGGCCCGUCGAGGAGGCGCUCGGCUACGCCAAGCUCGCGCUCAAGUGCACGGAGAUGCGGCGGAGGGACCGGCCGGACCUCGCUACUGUCAUACUGCCGGAGCUCAACCGGUUAAGGAACCUUGGCCACGCGUACGAGGCACGCAUGAGCACCGCCGGGGCCAACGGCGGAAGUGCCGAAAACGGUGACCUGGUCAGCGCGACCUCGACGACGGUGGGUGGUUCUUGGAAAACGGCGGAGAGCUAGCGGGAGGUCCGGUGUGGCCCUGUGUCAGUUAGAGAGCGAGCUUUUGUACGGAGAGGAGAAGUGUCCAUGGAACUUAACGUUCUUUUUAUGGAUGGAGAUCGAGUUUUUUAAAAAAAAACCAAAAAUCUUGGUGUAUGUACAGUCUUCUGUCUAUGAGAAAUACUAACACGUCUUGCAGCGCUGCUGCCUCUAAUCAUUUUGA